ACAGCAUCAACAACAGAGACGCCAACAGAGGAGACAACGGAAACAACGCCAGAAAUAACAACAGAGACAACAACACUUACAACUACAACAUGGACAACAACUACAACCAGUGAGACGACAUCAUCAACAGAAAUAACAUCCACAACAACAUCAACAACUACAGAGACAAGGACAAAAACGACGACAGCAACAAGAUCAACAACAACCUCGCGAUCCUCGAAAACAACAGGAUAUUCAUCUUCAUCAACGACAACUGCAGCAGGACAAGAACCAUCACUAACCUCAGCAUCACACGCACUAUCAACACCAGAGCGAAAAACAUCACCAGCAUCAUCACCACAUACACCGACCAGACGAGCAGAAGUAGUACCAUCAACAGCAGAAACAAGAACAUCGACAUCAUCAACAACAACAACAAAAGAAACAGAAACAACCGAAACGACAAGAACAACGGCUGAAACUGCUACAACUGCAGGAACAAGGUCAACAACAUUGGCAGGAACAACAACAAGAAUACCGGCAGAAAUAACAUCGACAACAACUAUUGCGGAAACAACAUCAAUAAUAACCACAACAGAAACCGUAGAAACAUCAACGACACCGGGAUCAACAACAACCACAUCAUCUUUAUCAUUAUCAUCACCGGUAACAACAUCACCACAAAAAACAUCACCAAUCCCAGCAUCAGAGGCGCUAUUAACACCGGUACAAGACGCAUUGGUAACAUCUAUACAACAAGGAUUAUCAACAUCACUACCAGAGGCAUCAUCAACCUCACAACAAGACCUGUCAAAAGUAACGCCGAAGCUUUCAACACGUGCAGCAUACGAAGAAUCAUCUACGUUGGAACAAGAUCCAUCAUCAACAUUAACACCGAAGACUACACGACGACCACCAGCAGAAGUAUCAGCAACCUCAGAACAGGAUCCAUCGUUAACAUCAACACUGAAGACAACACUACGACCACCAGCAGAAGGAUUGUCAAACUCAGAACAAGUUUCAUCUUCAACAUCAACAUCGAAGCCAUCAACAAGGGCAGCACACGAAGAACUAUCAACCUCAGAACAAGACACAGUAUCAACAUUAGCAACGUAUACGCCGCCGCAACGAAGACAAGAUGCAACAACAAUCUCAUCCGAGCAGACAUCAUCGAGAGCAACACAAGAACCACUACAAACGCUAGAACCGCUGAGAUCAUCAAUACCAUCGCAACAAGUAUCGUAUGCAACUGCGCAAGAAAUACCACCUACAUCAACAGCACCGAGAUCAUCAACAUCGACGGCCCAAGAACCAGCAGGAUCACCAUCAGAGACAUCGCCAACAUCAGCAACGCUUAGAUCGUCAACAUCGACGUCACGAAUAUCACCAGCAUCAGAAUCCGAAAUAUCAUCAACCCCUGCACCGGCGAGAUCAUCAAGAUCGACGUCAGCAAUAUCAGCAUCAGAAAUAUCACCAACAUCAGCACCGCUGAGAUCAUCAACAUCAUCGGAACAAGAUCCAUCAGCAGUAGCACAAGAACAAUCGCCAACAUCAUCACCUGCAAGAUCGUCAGCAUGGACGUCACCAGGAUCAUCAGGGUCAGCAGCUGGAGAAAUAUCGCGAACGUCAGUCCCGUAUAUAUCAUCAACUUCGGACCCGCAGCCAUCAGUAACAUCUGCACAACAAGAAUCAUCAAUAUCGGUGCAAGAGACGUCAUUAACAUCAGUCCUGCAAGUAGCAUCAACGUCAGCGCAACAAGCAUCACCAACAUCAGCAACCUUAGCAAAAGAAGCAUCAUCGACAUUAGUACAAGGGAUAUCGGCAACAUCAACACCGCUAAGGUCAUCGACAUCAUCACAACAAACACCAUCAGAAACAGAGCAAGAAAUAGCACCAACAACAGCACCGGUGAGGUCAUGGACAUCAUCAAAUCAAACACCAUCAGGAACGGGGCAAGAAAUGGCACCAACGCCAGCAUCCCUGAACUCAUUAACGGAACAAACAGCAGUAGCAACAGGACUCGAAAUAUGGCCAACAUCAACACCACUAAGAUCAGCUGCAUCAACGUCAUCAGAAACAUCUGCAAUAGCUGGAGCAAUAUCGGUAACACCAACACCGCUGAGAUUGUCAACGUCAUCAGGACUAUCAGAGUCAGCAGCUGGAGAAAUAUCGCCAACAUCAACACUGCUAAGAUCAUCUACAUCAUCGCAACAAGCAUCAUCAGCAGCAGAGCAAAAAAUAUCACCAACAUCAGCGCGAAACGUAUCAUCCACAUCAGUCCCGCGGACGUCACCGGCAUCAGCCUCGCAGACAUCGUUAACAUCAGCUGAACAAGCAUCAGUAUCAUCAGCACAAGAUACAUCACCUGGAUCAGCGCUAGAGACAUCGUCAGCGUCAGAAAUAGCACGCCCGCAGACAUUAUUAACACAAGACUCAUUACCAACAUCAGUCUUGAAGAGAUCAUCAACAUCAGCCUCGCAAAUAUCAUCAACAUUAGCACAGUCUGGAUCACGAACACCAGAGGAACAUAUAUCAUCAACAUUUGUUCAACAAGCAUCACCAACAUCAGCCGCACAGGUAUCAUCAACAUCAGCGCCACAGACACCAUUAACACCAAUACAACAAGCAUUAGCAACGUCAGCACAAGAAGCAGUACCGCAACAAGUCUCGCGAACAUCGGCAUCACGGACAUCAUCAACAUCAACACAAAAAUCACCCUCGUUAUCACUAGAAGAAGUAUCACCAACACGGUCGCCACAGCCAAGAUCGACUUCCGCACCCUCACAACAAACACCGUCAGUGUCAGAAAUCUCACUAACACCAUCACUACCAUCAGCAGCAAUACUCAACGUGUCAUCAACACCAACAGCAUCGGUAACAGAAAUAUCACCAAUAUCAGGUCAUUCACAACCGCAACCUUCACCAAUAAAACCACAUAUGUCAUCAACCUCACCACCAUCACAACAAGCACCAUCAGCAUCCGUAUCGGACAUAUCGCCAACAUCAACAUCGCUAACAUUUGCAACGCUGGAAGCAUCAUCUUCAUCAGGACAAGAAAUAUCGGCAACAUCAACACCACUAAGAUCAUCCAUGCUGGAAGCAUCAUUUGCACCUGGAGAAGAAAUAUCGGUAAGAUCAACACCGCUGAAAACAUCAACAAUAACGCAUGAAGCAUCAUCAGCAUCACGAGAAGAAGUAUCAUCAACGUCAGCAACGGUGAGAUCAUCAACAUCGACAGCCCAAGAACCAUCAGCAUCAGCAUCAGAAAUAUCAUCAACAUCAGCAAAGGUAACAGCACGAACAUCAACAUCGAACGGUGCGGCCAGACCAACAAAAGAAUCAUCACAGACCUCAGCACAAGACACAUCAUCUACAAUAGUACCACAUAGACCACCACAACAAAUAGAACAUCCGUCGUCAAUCUCAACCUCGCAGACAACCUCGAGAGCAUCACAAGAACCACCACAAACAUCAGCACGGCUGAGAUCAUCAACAUCAUCGCAAGGAGAUUCAUCAGUAGUAGGACAAGAAACAGCGCCAACAUUCGGUUUGCAAAUAUCAUCAGCAUCUACAGAACAAACAUCAUCAACACCGGAUCCGCUAAGGUCAUCAACAUCAGCACAACACGCAUCAUUAACAUUAGUGCAAAAAACAUCACCGACAUCAGCUUCGGAGAGAUCACCAACAUCUGCACAAUACGAAUCAGCAACAACCGCGCAAGAAACAUCAUCAACGUCAGUUCCGCACAGAUCAUCAGCAUCUACAAAACACGCAUCGUCAACAUCAGUGCGAGGAACAUCAUCAACACCAGCCUCACAGCCAUCAGCUCAUAAAACAUCACCAACAUCAACCCCGCAAAUAUCAUCAACGUCAGCACAGGAAGCAUCGUUAAACUCAGCGCAAGAAACGCCACCAACAUCGACGCCGCGUACAUCUUCAUCAUCAGGAUCACGUACAUCAUCAAUGUUAGCACAACAAACGUCACCAGCAUCAGCACAACAAGCGCCAUCAAUAUCAAGGCAGGAGACGACAUCAAAAGCAAUACUACAGGCAUCCCCAGGACCGGCACAACAAACAUCAACUAUGAUAAAGACGAGAAGCAACGAUGGUAGUUCACCAAAUUAUCUGUCCAGACUUACGUCCAUCGCUAGUACGUUACAUGUUGUAAAGGAAAAAGAAACAAUUUCAACUAUUACUUUAUCAAAUAUAACUUCGUUCAUAACAUUUACUUCAUCAACAACAAAAGUUAGACCUGAAUUACAAUAUCUAAUGAAUGGUUCAUCAUUGGUUUUCGUUCCAGAACCCUGCACUGAUUCGACGUUUAUUGGUCUCAGUUGCAAUAUCUCAAAUACUCCAUGUAAGAUGAUAACUCCAUGUGAAAAUCAUGGUACAUGUACAGACAAUGAAAUGGCAACUUAUGGAUAUAUUUGCUCAUGUCUAUCGGGUUUCAAUGGCACUCAUUGUGAACUUGAUCAGCGAAUUUGUAAACCACAUUUAUGUUUACAUAAUGGUACGUGUAAUGAAACAUCGAACACAACAUUUCAUUGUGUAUGUAAAAAUGGUUGGGAGGGUGCUCAUUGUGAAUCAAUGGUUAAUUAUUGCAAAGGUGUAGUAUGUAAGAAUAAAGGGAUUUGUCGACCAUUAUUAUUGGGUUAUAAAUGUGAAUGUCUUGGUACGAGUUAUUAUGGUUCUCAUUGUGAGUUUACUGCAAGAAAAACUGUUAUCCAUAAAAUAAUUUCAAAAUCAUUUGCUUAUAUUGCAAUUACUGCUAUGGCAAUUGUUGCAAUGUUUGUUGUAAUAAUGGAUAUAUUAAAAUAUUGUUUUGGUAUUGAUAUGACACAUGAAGAGUUAGAACGAUAUCGACGAGAAAAACGAGCAAAUAAACUAAAUGGUCCUGUCGAUAAGCAAGUGGUCCAUGCGAAUAUAUCAUAA